CACUUCUUUUUCGGGCCUCACGGCCUCUAUCGGACAAGAUGACGCUCUCCUAUAAAUUUGCUGCCCAGCACAAUAUGAUAUCCCAUCCGUCCCUCCACAUCUACACUCCCCCGAUUCUCAACAAAUGACUACUCCUUAUCCUGGUCAAAAAACCGCUGUCAAUGUGGUCUUGGGCACCAUGUCAUUCGCGGCGCCAGGGACGCCUAUGGCGCGUGUCUCAGAUCCCAAAGAUAUUGAGGCGAUCGUCGAUGUCUUUCUCAGCCAUGGCCAUCGCGAGCUGGACGCCGCACGCGGAUAUGGCAGUGGCACGAACGAGGAAUGUCUCGGGCAGAUCGACUGGAAGAGCAAGGGGGUGCUGAUGGAGACGAAGCUCUACCCCGUUUCACCUGAGCAGAGCUUCAUCGGUGAUCAUUCGCCGGCGAGCAUUCGAAAGUUCUGCCAGAUGUCCCUCGACGCUCUCAAGGCAGAUACGCUUGAGAUGUGGUACCUCCACGGUCCCGACCGCAAGAACCCAUUCGAAGAGACAUUGCGCACUGUCAACGAGCUCUACAAGGAGGGCAAGUUCAAGCGGUUCGGUAUCAGCAACUACAUGUCAUGGGAGGUGGCUGAGAUUUGCGGCAUCUGUGAGCGGAACGGCUGGAUCAAGCCCUCUGUGUAUCAGGGCCUCUACAACGCGGUCCACCGCGCCGUGGAGCCCGAGCUGUUCCCGUGCCUGCGUAAGUUCGGGAUGGCAUUCUAUGGAUUCAAUCCGGUCGCCGGCGGAUUCUUCACCGGCGGCUUCUCAAAAAUCACCGACGAAGCGGGGAGUGACUCCCGCUUUCAGGAUACAGGCCGUGCCAACGUUCUCCGCAAGCGAUACUGGCAGCAGGCUUACUUUGAUGGCUUGAAUAAAGUCUCUGCGGCUGCCGACAAACAUGGCCUGACGAUGAUUGAAGUCGCUUUGCGCUGGACGAUGCAUCAUUCUUUGAUGAAGCGUGAAUUUGGCGAUGCGGUCCUGAUUGGGGCUUCGAGUGUCGCCCACAUCGAACAGAAUCUGAACGAGUUUGAAAAAGGACCCCUGCCUGAAGAAGUUGUCGAUGCUUUGGACGAGGCUUGGGCUGGUGUGAAGGGCAUCGCGACCAACUACUAUCAUUAGGCACAGACGUUGAACCGCAGUUGGUUCCGAAAAUCACCGGAUCACGAUCUCGGAUAGAUCAUCAUCUAUAAGUAU